CGGGCCGGGCCGGAGCAGGGCGGGGGAGCCCCUCGGGGCUGCGGGGCCCAGACCGGGGCCGAGUUGGGCUCGUCGGGCCCCGCUGUGCGCGGUGGGCGAGGCCGGAGCAGGGCGAAGCUUCCCUGUGCAGGUGUGCGUGCUCUGUGGAUGAGCCUCGGUCCUGAAGGAUGGCCAGCAGUCCCAGGAAUAACACUUCCCUCUCCGUUCAGAAAGCCACACAGGUGGAAUAUUCCCAAGGGAAGAAGUCCCAGCAUACAGAAGAAGCAAACUUCUACAUGAACUGCAGAGCAGCUUAUCUGACUGUUCUGAAAAGCAGCUUGGAAAAUAUCAAAUGCAGAGAACAGCUCAGCCUAGUACUUCAACAGGCUGGAAGAAAUCCAUCUCAGAAGACCCUUAAUAAAUAUUGGACUUCACAGACAACUGCACUGAAUUUUGAUGAUUUUUGUGCUAUUUUAAAACAAGAAAAGCCAGUUACAAAAACUGAGCUGCUCGAAGCAUUUGGAAAAAUAGACACAGAUAAAACUGGAUAUAUUUUACAUGAUGAACUCUAUAAAAUCCUUACAACAAGAGGUGAUAAAAUGACUUGGGAUGAAGUGAAUGCAAUUACUAAACAGGCUGAUUUUAACUGCAGUGGCAAACUUGAUUACAGCAAGUUUUGUGAGUUGUACCUGACCACCAGGGAGCAGAGCUGCAGGACUGCCCGGGAGAGGCUGGAAGUUGACAGUAGGUUGAGGCAGCAGCAGUUUGGGAAUCAAGCUGAAACUUCCUCUGAAGGGAUCCCACUGCCAGUGCCAAAACCAUCGCCCAGAAUCUCCAAGAAAACUGAUCCCAGACUGCCAAAAGGUGACAGCAGAGCUCCUUCAAGGCCCUCAUCAGCCCAAAGUGGCAAAGCUUCCACUUGUCCCGCUGUCAGUGUGGGUUCCAGCUGCAACAGGAGCACAAAGCUAAUUGAGCCCGACACAAUGAAGGAAUGGCAACGUGCACAAUCCAAAGGCUGCUUCUACUUGGAAGAAGAUGGUGAAAUCAUCAGUCACAAGUACAGGGUGCACUUCCCUCAGAGGUCCUCAGUUUGUGUCACCAUCAAGCCUUUAAAUGUUCCCCAGCUAGAGGGAAGAUCUUGUCACUGGUUGUCAGUGGAUACAGCUUUAUUUAUUCUGAAGGAGAAUGAAACCCAAGAGAAUCUACAGCUUGUGAGCUUUACUGAAGUACAGAACAAAGAGAUGUUUGGCUGGAAAGGGGAGCUUGGAUCUGGGAAUUACUGGCUGCUCCCCUUCACAACAGGCUGCAGGCUGAGGAAGGGGAAAACACAAGUUACUGGAGAAGCAAAAUUGGUGUAUAGGGAUGAAGAUGGAGAGCUGGCCCUCACCAAAGACUUCAGAGCUGCUUUAUUGGAUAUAUUUGAAACAAUAGAUUUGGAUGGAAAUGGCCUCCUGAGUCUGGAGGAAUACAACUUCUUUGAACUGAGAACUAGUGGAGAGAAGUGUGAUGAGGAAGCAUGGGCUGUGUGUAAAGAGAAUUUUGAGAUGAAGAAGAAUGAACUCACGAGACAAGGAUUCCUGGAUCUGAAUCUCAUGGAAGCCACGGACCGGGAAGGGGAUCCCAGUGACCUCUGGGUCACUCUGUUGUCCCUGGGCUACAACAAGGCCUUAGAAAUGACAGAGGCCUGUCCCUUUGUCAUUGACGUCUAUGCAGAGAGAUGCAAACCCCGAAUCAAAGCCAUGUGUCUGGAGGCAGGGGGCUCCCAGCUCAGCAGGGCUGUUUGCAGGGCUGUGGUGAAUAAAGGAGAGCCCAAAGUACUGGAUGGCUCCGAGAACAUCGUGGUCCACACCUACAAAUCAGGCAGGAGAAUCACUUCUGUUAUUGAAAAUAAGUCUGAAAACAAAGUGAUUAUUCAUGUCAACAAUGAGCAGAGUAAGAACUGCCUAAAUAACAGGGGUCUUACAGUUUUUGCUGUAGAGGUGGCACCAAAAUCCAUGAUGUUUCCUUUUGUAGAUCUUUUAUCAUGAGAAGGAGCGUGUGGAGAGUGGCAUCUUGGUGACCAGUACAGAUCAGAUGUUGUUCUUGAUGUUUUAUUAUAAAAGUCCAUAACAGUUCAGUUUUUCAUACUUGGGCCUGUCUCAGUUUUCCAUCCAAUACAUGUACCUUUUACUAAUAGUUUUAAUAAUCCUUUUCUAAGGCUGUAUUUUCUUUUUAUUUUUCACUUUAGCAAAUUUUAAUCAGAUACACUGAUACCUGUGAGGGACAGACCAAGCAUGCACUAACCAGAAAGAGCAAUAAAUGCAUCUCAGUCCUUCUGAACAAUGUGAUUUGCAGACAGCUGCUUCUGUUAAACUUGGCUUAAGGAUGUUUAGCCACGAGGCAUUUUGAUCUCCUGAUCCUUGUUGCAGAGCUGGGCAGGCUGUAGUGAAAAUUCUAAAUGAGAGUUCUAAGGGAUAGAAUGUGAAAAUGCUUUACAAAUGCAGAUGGUGUUUUUCUUCAUUUAUUUAUGAAUAAAAUCCUGGUUUUAUUAUUCUAAAAGUACAGUCCCUUUGUUUAAAAGAAGAGGCUUCCAAGCUAUUUUAUAUUUCCCAGCUUUCCCGUGUGGAUUCAAACCCAUUGUAAACAGCACAGUCCCGUGACACAGGCAGGGCUGGGGCCUAUUCUAAUACUGCUGCUGACACUUUAGAUAUCCAUAGGUUGGUCCUGUAAGGUGUUUUUUAGUUGUAAUUUAGGCUUCAUUCAGUACUGGGUUCAGUGCCCCUGUGAAUGUUUUGCUGUCGUGUAAUUAAAUUCCGUGGUGAUUUUUGCCUGUCAGCCGUCAAUAUGGAUGAGGAAUGCUCAUCAUUUAGUGGUGCAAGUACUGAAACAGUUCAUUUUGCUUACACAGCACGUGAGGUGACAGUUC